AUGGCCGUGGGUGGCAAGUGGAGUGUGAGAGCAUUUCCCUGGAAGAACCCAGGAGCCAGCCCCGAACACCCCACAGCACAGAACCAGGAUCCUCUGUUGGACUCCACAGAGCAGCUCACAGCAAAUUUCACAAGCAGCGAGGAGAGCAGCAGGAAGCUGAGCAGUGCGGUGGUCCAUGGCCAGUGCUCUCUCCACUGGGAUGUACCGGGGCAACGCCACUUGCCCUGCUGGUGUUCCCAGAUGAAGCCUAAAACUGCUCGAAUUCAUGACCUGGUCUGUACUGGGCCCGCCUUAGCUUCCACUGGGGCGCUGGAGUCCUCUGGCAUGGCUGCAAACUCCAUAUACUCAGCUGGCAUGGAGGCCUCGCCCCAGGGAACCACUCAGGCCAGAUUUCCUGGAACAAAGAGGGUGUCCCCGGCCAGCCUCCUGCCCCCUCUUGCCCGGGAGACCAAGAACAGCGACCAAAUGAUCUCAGACAAAGAGGAUGGGAUGAGGGCUCCUUGUCAGAGUUCCCCACGGAGGCCCAAGGCUCCCCCAAAUGAGCGAUGGGCCCCUGGGGAAAACUGUCAUUUCUCAGGUACCUGGAUCUUCUUAUCAAAACCUUUAAUAGGCGGAACUCUGGGAGUCUCACCUGGUACAGACUCGGGCACCCAGAAGCUGAGGAUGAGGCGGAGCGUUCUCGGCCGGGGACGCGGAAGGACGCGGAAGGACGCGAGCGUGCGGGCGGGGCGCGGCGGCUGCGGGGACACGCUGGCCCCGGAGCUGCCCGGGCUCGCGCUCCGGCCGCUCCCGGCGAUGCUGCUGCUGCUGCUGCUGCUGCUGCUGCUGCUGCUCCCCGCGCGAUGCCCCGCCCGCCGCGCCGCGCGCUUCGACCCCACCUGGGAGUCCCUGGACGCCCGACCGCUGCCCGCAUGGUUCGACCAGGCCAAGUUCGGCAUCUUCAUCCACUGGGGCGUGUUCUCCGUGCCCAGCUUCGGGAGCGAAUGGUUCUGGUGGUAUUGGCAAAAGGAAAAGAGACAAAAGUUUGUGGACUUUAUGAAAAAUAAUUACCCUCCUGAUUUCAAAUAUGAAGAUUUUGGACCACUAUUUACAGCGAAGUUUUUUAAUGCAAAGCAGUGGGCAGAUAUUUUUCAGGCUUCUGGUGCCAAAUAUGUUGUCUUAACUUCCAAACAUCAUGAAGGCUUCCCCUUGUGGGGCUCCGAGUACUCGUGGACCUGGAACGCUGCAGAUGAGGGGCCGAAGAGGGAUAUCGUCAAGGAACUUGAGGUAGCCAUUAGGCACAGGACUGACCUGCGUUUCGGACUGUACUAUUCCCUUUUUGAGUGGUUUCAUCCGCUCUUCCUUGCUGAUGAAUCCAGCUCAUUCCAGAAGCGGCAAUUCCCAGUUUCUAAGACGCUGCCUGAGCUCCAGGAGUUGGUGAACAGGUACCGGCCGGAGGUGCUGUGGGCAGAUGGCGACGGAGGCGCGCCCGACGGCUACUGGAACAGCACGGGUUUCUUAGCCUGGCUGUACAACGAGAGCCCAGUGCAGGACACAGUGGUCACCAAUGACCGCUGGGGAGCUGGUAGCAUCUGUAAGCAUGGUGGCUACUACACCUGCAGUGAUCGGUAUAACCCCGGACACCUUUUGCGACAUAAGUGGGAAAACUGCAUGACAAUAGACAAGUUUUCCUGGGGCUAUAGGAGGAAUGCUGGAAUCUGGGACUAUCUUACGAUUGAAGAAUUGGUGAAGCAACUUGUAGAAACAGUUUCAUGUGGAGGAAAUAUUUUGGUGAAUAUUGGACCCACACAUGAUGGUACCAUAUCCCCAAUUUUUGAGGAGCGAUUAAGGCAAAUGGGCACAUGGCUAAAAGUCAAUGGAGAAGCCAUUUAUGAAACCAGCACUUGGAGAUCCCAAAAUGACACUGUUACCCCAGAUAUGUGGUACACAUUCAAACCUAAAGAAAAAUUGGUCUAUGCCAUGUUUCUCAAAUGGCCCACAUCUGGACAGCUCUUUCUUGGCCAACCCAAAGCUACUCAAGGGUCAACAGAGGUUAAAUUACUGGGACAUGGACAGCCACUUAAAUGGACCUCUUUGGAGAAAAAUGGCAUUAUGGUGGAACUGCCACAUCUAACCUUUCAUCAGAUGCCCUGUAGAUGGGGCUGGGCUCUAGCACUGACUAAUGUGACCUGAUGUGCAGCAGAGUGGUUCAUGCCGCAGUUACGGCUCAGACUAGAAAAUGUCAGGUUUCUAUAAUUAUAGUACAUGGAGAAAGCAUAUGUGAAACGGGUCAAGAAAAGUCAAGUGAUUAUUUAGGCGUUUCAGCCCUUUCCCCCUCCUACUGCCUAAAUUUUUUCCUAAAUUAGCCUUGUAACUGUUUUAACUCUCCAGCAGACUUUGUGUUCAGAAUAGGACUUACCGAGAUGUGCCACUUUGGCAUGAACUAUCGCAAGCUGAAGGCCAUCAAGAUCCUGCGGGCUCAUGAGAAACUUUUACCUCUCCCUCAAAGACUUUAAAUUUGGGGCCCUGCCCAUAAUGAGUUAUCAUCAGAAAUAACUUUUUAAAAAAUGUGUAUUUCUCACCAUUUUAAUGUUUCCAAAAAAUUGAUACAUCUACAAGGUAAACAUGAAUAAUAUCUCAAAGUCUUUGACAGGAUAUUUAAGUUUGUUAGAAUUAACAUAAAAACUAAUAUUAAAAACAAAGAAGAAAAUCCACAAAAUUCCAUAGAAUAGUAUUGUUAACAGACCUUCUUUGGUUAGUUAAUAAUCUUCAUUAUCUCCACUUAAGUCUGCAAUCAUUAACCUUACACAUGUUCUCCCACUUCAUGUUAGACAUUUUGACAUAGAAAUGUCAUCACUGUACAUACUUUGGCAGGAAAUAACUUUUUAUGACCUGUCUGUAGGGCAGGGCAAACUUUGAGUUGCUGAGCAUCUCAUUUUCUUCUCACCCUGCAAAGACCUGCCUCUACUCUGAAGCCCGCAAGCACCUCACUGCACCUCAGCCUUAGCUGAGAGUGUCAUAUAUGCCACCUUCUGACUUUCUGUCUCUGAACCUCUCAUGUAUGUGGACUUCCCAUACAUACACAUGUAAUUACAUGUGCUUAUCUUCUCUUUAUCUGCCUCAUGUCGAUUUGAUUUAGGCCGGCUGGAAGGAAGAACCUAGAAGGGUAGAAGAGAUUUUCUCUCUCCCCCGCAGUUGCUAUUAAAGUCUUUUCAUAUUGAAUUGAAUUCCAUGUGUGAUCCUGAGGUGGAGAUUUUUGUUUUAGAUUAGCUAGGAGUUGGUGGUGUUAAGAACUGAAUUGUGUCUGCUGCCAGAGGUUGAAGCCUUAAUCCCCAUUGUGAAUGUAUUUGGAGAUGUGGCAUUUAAGGAGGUAAUUAAGGUUAAAUGAAAUCAUAGGGGUAGGGAGCCUAAUAUAAUAUGACUGGUGUCCUUUAAGAGGAAGAGAUCCCAGGGAUGCACAAGCGGAGAGUUAAGGCCGUUUAAGGACACGGUGAGAAGGCAGACCAUCUGCAAGCCAAGGACAGCGGCCUCAAGAGAAACUGAACCUAAAGACACGUGGAACUUUCAGCCUCCAGAACUGUGAGAAAAUAAAUUACUGUUGUUUAAGCCACCCAGUCAGAGGUAUUUUGUUAUGGCAACCAUAGCAGACUAAUACAAGUGGCAGGUAUGUAAUAGAUUCGGCCUAAUAUAUAUUUCCACUGCUUAGAGUAAUUGUGUUUUUAUUUUUCAAAAUUGUCUUUUCUCCCCCUCCUGGUAAUAAAACUAAUAAAUGUUCACUGUAGAUAUUUUAAAACACACAGAAAUGCUCGAAGGUGAAAUUGCUAUACAGAUGACCACAACUAACAUUUUAGUACAUGUUCUUCCAGGUUUUUUCCAGGAGUGAGGAAGGGGUGUGGAAUUGGAGGUGUGGGACUAUUUUUGUAAGUGAGCUAACUUGAGGUCAAAUUUAAAUGAAAAAAUUUGAGCCCUGGUCGGGUAGUUCAACUGGUUAGAGCAUUGCUCUCAUAUGCCAAGGUUGCAGGUUUGAUCCCUGGUCAGGGCGCAUACAAGAAUCAGCCAAUGAAUACAUAAAUAGAACAACAAAUCAAUGUUACCCUCUCUCUC